CUCACUCUCCCUCCAAAGACUCCAAGAGUCUUGCGUAGCUGCUGCGGACCAGAGGACCGGACUGACGUGCCGCUUGCGGUGGACCGGUGCUGGAGUGAGUGUUAGUCACAAUGGGUAAGGAGAAAAUUGAGGAAUUGAAGGAUCAAACUCAGAAAUGGCUGCGUGAAGCUGAGGCGUUGGUCGAUCAGAUACCUCCUGCUCAACUUUAUGCUGCAAUUGGAGUCGUGUUACUCACUGUUUUUUUGUUCUUUAUCACUCGAUUGUUCAAGCGCACAACAUCUGAUACCAUUGUACUCACUGGGCUUAGUGGGAGUGGAAAAACUAUUUUAUUUUAUGAGCUUAAAGAUGGAUUACCACAUGAGGGCACUGUGACCUCAAUGGAACCCAAUGAAGGCACUUUUAUACUACCCUCUGAGAGAGCCAAGCGGAAAAUAAAACCUGUUCAUGUUGUUGAUGUGCCGGGUCAUUCUCGCCUCCGGCAAAAACUUGAGGAGUUCUUGCCUCAAGCAGCUGCAAUUGUCUUUGUUGUGGAUGGUGUAGAAUUUUUACCCAACUGCUGUGCUGCUUCAGAGUACCUUUAUGAUAUUUUGACCAAGGCGACUGUGGUCAGGAAGAAGAUUCCAGUACUACUACUCUGGAACAAGGUGGAUAAAGUUACUGCACAUUCAAAGGAGUUCAUAAAAAAGCAGCUCAAAAAGGAAAUUGACAAGCUUCGCCCUUCAAGAACUGCUGUGUCCAACGCAGAUAUCUCUAACGAGAUUACACUCGGGACGCCUGGAGAACCAUUCUCGUUUUCACAGUGCCAAAACCAGAUAGUAGUUGGAGAAGCUUCCGGCUUGACAGGCGAAACCUGUCAGCUAGAGCAGUUUAUCAGGGCGAAUGUGAAGCGUUGAACUCGUGGGCCAAGUUGAGCUGCCCUUUCUGCUAUGAAGAUGAACAAAGAGAGAGUAUAUGGAGAUCCCAUUUUCCACCCUUCCUGAUCUGAAAGCUCGAGAAAUAUCUUUGAAUCUAGGCUGCCAAUCUUUUCCCCUCCACAUCAGUCCUGGUUCAUCAUCAAAAGACAUAAGCACACAGGUAACCAAUGAUGCAUACAUUUUUUUUUUUUUUUUUUUUUUUUUUUUUAUAGAUUACAGCAAAUCUUAUGUGAUGCAAAAAUAUAUAAAUGACAAAAUUGUGUAGCUUAAUGAUGAUAAACCAUUCUAUUGACUUUUAACACCGUA